AAUAUACCAAAUAAUAUUAUAGAAAAAAUUGGUAAAAACUUACACAACGAACCAAACCACCCAUUAAACAUUAUUAAAAAGAAAAUUCAAUACCACUUUCAAAAUGAAUUAUCAAGUGAUCAACAUCAAUUUAAAUUUUUCGAUAAAUUUCAACCAAAAGUAACAACCAAACAAAAUUUUGAUGAUUUAUUAUUUCCAAAUACCCAUGUAGGAAGAAGUCCAAACGACACCUACUAUUAUGACAAGAACACAUUAUUAAGAACCCAUACCAGUGCACAUCAAUCUGAAAUUUUAAAUGAUAAAGAUGUAAAUGCAUUUUUAGUUACCGGUGAUGUAUAUAGAAGGGAUACAAUCGAUGCUGUUCACUACCCAGUAUUCCAUCAAAUGGAAGGUGUCAAGGUAUUUAAGAGUCCAAAUAGUUUCAAUUUCAAAUACGACCCAAAUAUUGACUAUUACACAAAUACUGAAUAUAAAACUAUGCCAGAAAUUAAAGAGAUUGAAGACGAGUUAAAGAAAUCAUUAGAAUCAAUGAUUCGUGGUGUUAUAGGUCAAGAUUUACAAGUUCGUUGGAUUGAUGCCUAUUUCCCAUUCACUUCACCAAGCUUUGAAAUGGAGAUCCUCUUCCAAGAUCAGUGGUUAGAAGUAUUGGGUUGUGGUGUUGUUCAUCCAGGUAUUAUGAAUCAUACAGGUUUUACAAAUGAAAGAGCAUGGGCUUUUGGUAUUGGUUUAGAACGUUUAGCAAUGAUUUUAUUCAAUAUCCCAGAUAUUCGUUUAUUCUGGACCCAAGAUAAAAGAUUCCUCAGUCAAUUCGACAAUGUAGAUAAAGACCCAAACAAUUUAACCAAUAUCGAUAUCAAAAAUGUACAAUUCCAACCAUUUAGCAAAUAUCCAUCAUGUUUCAAAGAUGUCAGCUUUUGGAUCUCUGACGAUUUCCACGAAAAUAAAUUCUACGAAUUUGUAAGAGAAACCUGUGGUGAUUUAGUUGAAAAAGUAGAUUUGGUAGAUAAUUUCCACAAUAAAAAAUCCAACAAAACCUCUCAUUGUUAUAGAAUUCAAUAUCGUUCUAUGGAACGUAAUCUUACAAAUAACGAAAUUGAUGAAAUUCAAUUAAAAUUACGUAACCAAGUUGAAGUUGCAUUAAAUGUUAAAUUAAGAUAA